AUGGCAUCUCUACUAAGACCACCAAGAAACCAUACCAUCCAUGGAAGAGUACCCUCAUCAUUAAGGAAAUACACAUCCCAUCAAUAUCUCCCCAGAAACAUCCCCAUCGAGGAAGAAACCCUCCCACACUACAACCCCACGCACUACUACCCCGUCAACAUAGGCGACAUCUAUCACUCCAGAUACCAAAUCACAGGGAAAGUCGGAUACGGAGCCGAUUCUACAAGCUGGGUGUGUCGGGAUCUCCGCAAAUACACCGUCCUCAAAAUCUCCACUUCCUCCCCAGAAUCUCAUAAUCGCGAAUACAAAGUCUAUGAACAUCUCGCCAAAGUAGUGGAAAGAGGAUCUUUACAUCCAGGCCAGUCCUUGAUUCGCGAGGUGUAUGAUUCUUUUGAACUUCAGAACACUACUGAAGAAGAAGGAAAAGGAAAAAGGGGUAUACAUCAAUGUCUAAUCCUCCAGCCCAUGACCAUGUCCCUACUCGAUAUGAUGAGGUUGAAUUCUAAGCCUUUUGAUCUCCCCUUGCUGAAAAUGACAGUCAAACGAGUACUACUCGCGCUGGAUUUCCUGCAUGCUGAGGCGGGGGUUGUUCAUACUGAUAUAAAAGCAGACAACAUAAUGCUCACCCUCCACGACCCCACCAUCCUCACCUCUUUCGCGGACGCAGAAUCAUCAUCCCCAAGUCCAAGGAAGAUAUCACUUACUGAUGCAUCACGUAAGAACUACGGCCUCCCUACUCUCUGCGACUUCAGCGAAGCGCGCAUCGGCACCGUCCAGAAAGAUUCAGGACCCUUCGUACAGCCGUGUAUCUAUCGUGCACCGGAAGUCAUCUUCGAAAUGCCGUGGGGGACGGCGGUGGAUAUUUGGGGUGUGGCGGGAGUUGUAGGGGGCCAGCAUCUCUUCGGAGAUGAUAUAUUCGAUCCCAUAACAGGCCACCACGAUCCGUUCCGCCAUCUAGCUCGCGUGGUAGCUGUAAUUGGGGAGUUUCCGUCCCCGGAAUUCGUACGCAGGAGUAACUGGAUCGCCCACGCGGAAGCACCCAUACCUGAUAAUAUCUCCCUGGAAACCCUGGAGAGACGCCUUACCGGGACGGAGAAAGAAUUAUUUCUGGAUUUUAUGAGGGCGAUGUUGAAGUGGAUGCCUGAGGAGAGGAGUACAGCGGGGGAGUUGUUGGGGCAUGAGUUUUUGAGGUGA